UGCAACUACAUCACCGCUACAUAUAACCAUAUCUGUGCCAUAACCAGCAGCGUCAAUUUCGGUGCGGAAUGUACGCAAUUUACCCAAAGGCAACCUCACCGUAAAACCAGAUCCUUCGGAUGCACACAAUCCUCUGCAGCAGCAGCAGCAGCAUCUACAACAACAAAAGCACUUAGUACAAGGCAAUUAUGAUCAAGCGUUGGGCAAACUUACGAAUUCCUACUAUGGCACAGCGCACGAUACGAAAUACGCGAAGACAACAACACUCACGGAUCGAAGUGGCAGUCAUGGCAUAGGAGGUGUUUAUGGCAGCAGCGGACUACUUUCGGGUGGCAACAGCAUAUUGGCCUCCUCCACGCCACUGCAUCCCAGCGUGAAUGGCGGCGACUAUUAUGGUGGUGUUGGUAGUGCGGCUGCUGGUGGUGGGAGCUUAUGGCAAGGCCAACAGCGACAACAACAACAACAACAACAAUAUCAAGCAGCAGCAGCAGCAGCAUAUCCGCUGAGACGCGUGGAGAGUCGCGCUGAAAUCGAUAUGUUGGAACGUGAGACCAGCACACAGAUGAGGAAUCUGGAUGUAUCCGCUGGUGAUUUACUAAGUCGUACACAUGAGGAGCUGGUUCUGCUGCUGAUACAGUUGAGGCGACAAAACAGCAAUACGGCGCGCGCCAUCGAGCAAUGCUGCAGUGAUAUUCAUGAAGUGCAGAAUCGUUUACGCACUGCGGAGGGUCUGACACGCGCCGAGAGCAUACAGCGCUUGGAUUACCUGAAGCAACAUCUGCUCGAUCUGGAGCGCCAGUAUGAGAAGAGCAAGCCGCUAGUCAACCUGGUGGACAAUAUGGUGAAGCUGGGUUCACUUUAUCGCAACAACGACAUAAACGGCCGACAGCCGCAACGCAACGAGGCCGUUACACUCGAUCGACUCGAAUUCAAUCAGCGCAUACAAGAGCGACGCAUGCUGCAAGAGGAGCAGAAGCAAUGGGAUCGACUCAGUCCCAAUCACAGCGAAUUGCAGUCCAAGGUCAAUCAACUCUACCAACUCGAUCAGCUGUUGCAAGAGGAAUCUGGCACUUUGCAAAAUUUGCAACGCGACAAAGAGGAAUUGGAGCGCGCUUUGGGCGGCUUGCGUGCACGCAUACAGGACACUUCCGGGCCGCC